UACACACACUACACACGGUUGGACAGAAGAUGGAGACCAGCUUUAGAAACCCACACGUGUUCGUUAAUGUCCUCCUUUCCAUAACCAAGAUUACUCCUAUAGUUUCCCUUGAAUGCAAUUCAACAGAGGUGAAGAUUCAUGUUCGUUGUGACGAUGAGAAUAACGAUGGGAUUCUAGGUUUUGCAGUCUUCCACCGCGAGGCUUUUGAUUUGUUCACCGGUCAACAACAUAUGUUCCUCACCAUUGAUGUUCAAGGAAUGCUUGAAUAUCUUCAAGAAUCUGGGAAAAUUGAGCUAUUCGUGGAGGAUGAGUACAUGGAAAUCAUAAACAAAAAUGGUCGCUGCAGAUGUGACCAGGCCGAAAAUGUAGUCGAAAACGUUCUGGAUACAGAGCAUAAUGAGGUUCUGGUGGCCAUUGCAGCUCCACUGUUGAGGACUUUAAUGUCAUCCUCCCCCACUGGAGUGCGUUUGUUGGUGAAAGAACAUACUAUCUCAGUCUGAACUUGUGAGUGACAAGUUGCUUUAAGUAAAGAUGACUUUGUUAUCUGGGCAGCAGAGUCUGUAUCCCCUCAUGACUACCCGGAUUCACAUACCACCUUUCCGGUUAUCAUUCCAUCCCGCAUUGCAUAUCUGUUUGCACUAGCCGGCUUCUCAGAAACGAUUUGGCUACACCUCUUCACAGCCUCAUCAAAGAUAGCUUACGCAACGAAGGAUUUGAACGUUGUCAUACGUUUCAUUGUGUAGCUUUGGCCAACACAAAUGUUCAGUAUACGGUAAAAUCAAUGUAAGAAUUUUUUCACUGUUUAUGGAUUCUGAACUGAAGUAAGCCUGAACAGUACUUGAUAAUUUUGCUUCCCAUGGUUUGACUUUAGACUGAUUAGACUUCAAAAUGUUGAUUUUUUUCCAGUGAA